AUCGUUUCAGCUCAAAUUUUCUCGAUGGCAGUUGUAAAUAUUCGUGGAGUUGAUAUAAUGUUUCCGUUUUGUCCUUACGAAUGUCAGUUAGCGUACAUGGAUAAAGUAAUUGAGGCCAUCGAUAUGAAGUUUGACACUGUAUUGGAGUCUCCAACUGGAACGGGUAAAACCUUAUCACUGCUUUGUUCGACGUUAGGAUGGUUACAAAAGCAAAAAUCGUCGUUUAUACCUACAUUGCAGGAUGCUACACAAAUCGCUAGUGGAUCUACAGGUCCUCUAUCCUUUCUUCCACGAAUAUACUAUUGCUCUCGUACCCACAGUCAGCUAGCACAAGUGGUUCACGAGUUGAAUCGAACGAUGUAUAAAGAUAUCCGAAGUACUGUAUUGGGUUCACGGGAUCAACUCUGCAUUCAUGACUCGGUUCGUAAGCAGAUGGAUGCUCGUACAUCUGUGUGCCGUAGCAUGAUCUCAAGGCGGUCUUGUCAGUACUAUAAUAAAUGGGAUCGUGAGUUAGGUAGUGUUCCUGAUAUUGAAGAUAUGGUUGCCACUGGACAGAAGGUCUGCCCAUUUUUUCGUUGCCGUCAAGUGCAAGAAAGGGCCGAAUUGGUGUUACUGCCCUAUAAUUAUAUCGUUGAUCCUCAAUUGAGGAAGCUUCAUAAAAUCGACUUGGCCGGAAGUAUUGUUAUAUUUGAUGAAGCGCACAAUUUGGAGAAUAUCUGUGAAGAUGUUACGUCAGUGGAGAUCUCAUCUAUUCACAUUGCGCUUGCCAUUCAGGAACUAAAGGAUGCAAUUCAAUGCUUGCAGAACGAAAUCGAGGAGAAAGCAAGCGAAAUCGUUGGCUUUUUAAAAUUGAACUGGCCUAAAAUAGCUGUUUUCUGGAUAAGUAUGCUAGUCUUGCUUAGGAUCGUGUUUCCUGGUGAUGUCCUCUUCGAAACUUUUGAGAGUGUUGGUAUAUCAUUUGAUAAGGCUGAAUUGUUCUGUAAGGUUCUGUUGGACACAAGUGAAUAUUUGCAGCAGGGAAGUGGGUAUUUGUUUCAGUGUAUGAGGACAGCAACAGUCAUGAAAUUCUGGUGUUUUACAUCGUCAAUUGCUAUGAGGUCUUUGAAAGUGAAUGGGGUGCGGACUGUUAUAGUAACAAGUGGUACUCUUUCUCCUCUACCGAAUUUCAUCAAGAAUAUUGGAUUUGAUCAGAUUUUUGCGGCGGUUUUAAAUAAAUCGCCACUUACCGAACAAGUUCUAAAUGGAUGUUUUCAGAAUAGACACAAUAACGAAUAUGCUGUGGGUAUUGCUGAAUCUGUUGUUUCAUUGGCAAAAACUGUUCCUCAGGGCAUUCUUGUAUUCUUUGCAUCGUAUAGUCUUAUGGACCAUCUUAUCUCAAAGUUCAAGGAGUUGAAAAAUUCUAGCCAGAAAUUUCCUUCAAAAAGUUACUGGGAACAAAUGACUGAUGCAAAGCUAGUAGUAGUUGAACCAAAGCAAAAGUCUCAACUGGCACGAGUACGAUCCGAAUUUACUCGUGGUGUACAAAAUGAGAAAGGUGCCAUGUUCUUUGCGGUUUGCAGGGGAAAGGUGAGCGAAGGUAUCGACUUUUCUGAUGCGUGUUCUCGAGCAGUUUGCGUCGUUGGGAUACCUUUUCCACCACUGAUGGAUAUUCGAAUCCACCUAAAACGACUUUACUUAAACGAGCUCAAAACUCAAAGUGCAGAAGACUGGUAUGUUACAGAGGGAUACCGCGCGGUGAACCAAGCGCUGGGGCGUGUGCUACGUCAUGUAAAUGACUUUGGGAUGGUUGCCUUGUUGGAUGAGAGCAGGGAAUAUUUCCCGUCUUGGAUGAGAGCAUCAAUCAAAGUUUUUGAUAAGGGAUCUGGAUUUCCAUCUGAAGUUACGAAUUUUUUCGCGAGCAAGAAGCUGGUAAUUACAGUACGAUCUCGUUCUCAUAUAUGUCUGUGA